AUGUUCGCAGUUGUGCAACUUCACAGAGAAGAUUCAUCUUGGAAGAUCAUAGAAAGAAUUUGUCAAACCAAAUAUAUGAACCCUCAAACUACUGAAACCAAUGCAGCAGCACAUAUAGAAUGUGUCUUAAAAGUUCUUAUCACUCCACAAACACUCGCUUCCUUUGAGGAAUCCAGAGAAAGAGUGAGAAACAUAACUGAGAACAUGCAACCUCGAUGCAUAGCUGAUGGAAAUGAAGUCAUGAGAGAAGAUUCAUCUUGGAAGAUCAUAGAAAGAAUUUGUCAAACCAAAUAUAUGAACCCUCAAACUACUGAAACCAAUGCAGCAGCACAUAUAGAAUGUGUCUUAAAAGUUCUUAUCACUCCACAAACACUCGCUUCCUUUGAGGAAUCCAGAGAAAGAGUGAGAAACAUAACUGAGAACAUGCAACCUCGAUGCAUAGCUGAUGGAAAUGAAGUCAUGAGGUUUUAUGGAACAACUAUUGCAUGCUCCCUGGGUCUAGUAAAUUACUCUUCUACCCUCAGCUGCACUUUAGAACAGUGUGGUUUGUGCCAAAUUCUAAAGCAUGGUUUCAACGCAAACCAAGAAUUCCAUGGUGAACGUGGGGUUCUCACCACUGCUACAAGUGAUCAAGCCUUUGAUUCCAUUAUUUUAUUUGAAUCAUCUGAAUACGACCAGGAAGCAUUACCAAUAUUGAGGAAGUGUGUUAUAGUGUGCAGAGUAAUUGCUGGAAGAGUUCAUAACCCUUUGCAAGAGAUUCAGGAAGAGACUGAUUUGGGUUUUGAUUCAUUGAUCAAGAAAAUAAGCCGUGACUCAUCAGAUAUUGAAGAACUCUGUAUUUUGAAUCCUAGAGCUAUAUUACCUUGCUUUGUCGUAAUCUAUAAUCCGAUGCUUAGGAGAAGCAAUUUUUAA